AUGUUUAAUUUGCAGGAUUCUUUAGAAGAUUUUGGUGGCGAUGGUCAAGAUUACAGUAUAUUAUUUGCUACAGAUGAGGAAUUUGCAAACAAGGAUGAUGCUGUUGCUUGGGUGAAAGGCAUGGGCAUGGCAAAUGGUAUGAUUAUAAAUGUAGUUUCUAGUAAGAAGAAGAAUGUUGUUCUGAUGAGAUGCUGUAAAGGGGGAAAGGUGUCAGUUGAUGAUGGUGAAUACUAUGUCACAUCAGAUUCGAAGACACAGAACACUGGGUGUAAAUUUAAGUUAUAUGUGCACUCAGUGGAUGGGAAGUGGCGCAUUCGGGUGUAUCUUGGUGAGUUUGGAAUGUAUAACCACGAGCUGUUUGACGAAGAUCAUCCCACGAGGGGCCUUAGCGAUGUAGUGAAACAGCUUAUACAGGGUAUGUCCAAAGAUGGGUGCAGACCGUGUCAGAUCAUGGCUGCGAUUCAGAGGAUCUUUCCUGAUGAAAAAGUUAACAGACGGCAAGUGUACAAUUUCAGGAAGAAAUUGCGUAAUGAGGGGUUCCCGGUGUUGGGUGAAUCGAGUGCCAUGGAUGUCGCGACGAAGACACUAGCGGUGGCCAAGCAUCAUGGUUACAUCAUCAUGACAGAUUGCAAUCAGGAGACAGACGUUGUAGAAGCUAAUAACCAGGAUGAGUACAAUAAAGCUGUUGCCGUAAUAAACCGUCGUUGGCAGUCUUUUCCGAGAGUUCUUACUUAUAUCCAGAAGACAUGGCUAGUGGUUGACUACAAAUUCGUCAAGGCAUGGACGAAUGCUGUGUUUCAUAUGGGCAACACUACUACAGGUAGGGUGGAGAGCGUGCACAAGCAGUUAAAAACCUGGCUGGAAACAUCCACGGCGUCCCUGGAUACACUUUGGGCUAAGGUGCACUUGGAAAUUCAGAGUCAGCUAACCGAAAUACGGUACAAACUGGAGUACUCAAGACAGAAAAUUGGCACCCAUUAUUGCGGUUUUCCACGGAACCGCUUGAAGUUUCAAGUUUCACAUACUUGUUUGCAAAAGCUGAACACUGAGUGGUCGAAGGUGCAAGAGUGGAAAGAAGAAACCAAUGACCGAUGCGAUCAUGUGGUGUACUGGACUUGUCGAAUUCCAUGUGCGUGCGCCCUCAAAAAGGCUGCAGAUGCCGGCACAUCGAUAACUCUUAAGCAUAUUCACCCAUUUUGGGCGACCCUUAAUAUCGGUGAACAGGCUGGUACGAGUGCUCCUACCGAUGUGGAUGACGAGGUCCUUUAUACCAGACAGUUGAUGGAAGAGCUGAACGAGUGUCCUAAGGCAGUACGACGUACUGUAAAUAGGGUUCUCCACGAUAUUAUGCAUCCAGAACAGUGUGGGUUCAAACAACCUGAGGAGGUCAAGAGAAGGAAGGGGCGGCCUAAGGGGGCUAAAUCAAAGAAAAAAACAGAGGCCAACACUGUUGCCCAUGAACAAUCCCCACAGAAAAAAGCAACUCCUAAUGUGUGGGAUUACAGGGACGAGGCGCAAGGAAAGUCGACCACAGUUACUAGCGAUUCAAGUAAGAAGUGCCCCUCGUCUUCAGGUGGUCGUAGAGAUGCAUCCACAGAUAUCUUUGCGAAUGAUAUUUCACAGUAUGGUUGCUACGACCUCAUUCCAUGGCCCAUUCGGCCAUAUAUUACCAGUUACCUCGAUGUUGGUGCCGAUGGCAAUUGUGGAUUUCGCGUAGUCGCGAGUAACAUGUUUUUGAGCCAGGAGAAGUGGCCGAUGGCAAGAGAGGCAAUGGCAAACGAGCUAGAACAGAAUUGGACAUCCUUACAGGAAGAAGUCCGUCGUAUACGGUGGAGUGGACAAGAUUUCGCACCUGAGCGCCAUUGGAUGUGUGUGACGGACUUGUUCGUAGUUGCGACUAUGAACAAUGCAAUUGUGUACUAUUGCGGUGCAGGGGAAGAGAACCAGUCGCUAAACUCAUCAUGUUGGACUGUACUACCUGUCACUGCACGCGGUGAGGCAACAUGUCUGGCAUUUGAGAUUGGGGUAUGUCACCAUGGUCUUUACAAGCACUUCAUUCGGAUCAAUUUGGACGGUGACUUUCCAGUUCCACCAAUUAAUAAUCGGUGGACUAAGGAACAUCAGCUUAGCGUUACUGGUUGGGAAUUACCACUUCUUCCUAGAAUUGAACAUUGGUUUAGGUUGGUCCCCUUCAACCGGAUGCGGCCCGUGGAUGAUAAUGAUUUCAUUGAUCUUAGUUUCUUAGAUUAG